ACCCUUUUCAACGAGCAUUACCUACUGCACGUACCAAUCUAAUCAAUUUUAAAUUCUACCGCUUAACUCAGUUCACAGCUCUCCCAGACAAUCUUUAUCAACAAUCGACUAUAUCCACCAUUCCUGUGUGGAAACCUUCUCGGCGCCUUCACCAAAACCUUUUACAAUUGUUCAACGAUCACUAUAAUCAAUUCACUUGUCUUCAUUGCGUAUACUGUGGCCAACUUCUAUAUCCAGAAAAAGCUGCCUUGGUCGUACAGGAAGAUCCGUCAAC